GUAAUGAAGACAACAUGAAAUAAAUAGCAGCGCUGAAAGGGUUAAGCGCCUACAGGAAGUUUAUCCCAGGCGUGUAUAAAGACGCUUCCUGUACUUCACUUCAGAGAAACAUAUUUUGAAACAUUCAUGGCUUGACGUUACAUAAAGGCAUAAGAAGCAAAUUAAAAGCAGCCCAAGAUGAACUACGUACCAGGGACGGCAAGCCUCAUUGACGACAUCGACAAGAAGCACCUGGUGCUGCUCCGAGAUGGCAGGACACUGAUCGGUUACCUCCGAAGCAUUGAUCAGUUUGCAAAUCUAGUUUUUCAUCAGACAGUUGAACGCAUCCACGUGGGGAAAAAAUUUGGUGACAUCCCCAGAGGAAUAUUCAUUGUGAGAGGAGAGAAUGUAGUGCUACUUGGAGAGAUAGAUAUGGAUAAGCCCUCCGACACAGUCCUUCAACAAGUCUCCAUUGAGGAGAUUCUGGAAGAGCAAAGGUUGCAACAGCAAUCCAAACAGGAGACGGAGAAAGUCAAAAUGCUGGCACUGAAGGACCGAGGCCUUUCAAUACCCAAAGCCGAUAACUUAGACGAAUACUAACCCUGAAUCCAUGAGGCCCUUUCUCAGUUUGUAUCGGACUGAUACGUUUUAUGUUCAAUUUGAAUUUAAGAGAUCAUGAGUGUUUUCCUUUUAAUGCACCAUGCUUGGUCUGUAUACUGUAGUGUACUGUAUUAAUUUCAUUUGAUCAUUUGGAGAAAAGAAAUGUGAUAGCUGCUCUGUUUUGCAGGACCUUAUAGAAACAAUGAAAGAAUCAUGUGUUUAUGUACGAUCACUCUGUUGACAAUUUAGCAAUUAUUUUACAGCAGCACUUUCUAUUAUGUCGGUGAUAUGUUAAGCCUUUUUAUUUGGAGAAAUGUGGGCCUGCUAUUGACAAAACUACAUGCUAUGCUCCAUUAAAGAGUUUAGUUUUUCAUUAUGGA